AUUGGCAAGGGAUGUACUGAAAUACAAUGGAUCUAUAGGUGUUCGUUUUUAAGCGGUGCCGACAUAAGAUUAUUCCCUAAGCCUUGCUAAAGGUUCGCAGUAUACUCUCUUGUGAGCAUGUUGUGCACCAGCGUGGCUCUGUGCUGUAAUGUGAUUCUCUUCUUCCAGGCGUUCACAACAGCAGCACGGCACUCAGAUGGGGAGCUGCCUAACAUUGAGGCACUGAUCGAUGACUUUGUCAAAGCUGCUGCCGGCAAGAACACAGUCGUCUGGUGGGACAUGUCAGCAGAGCACGAUGUUCUCAAGAACACACCACGCUUUCGGAACCGGAAAGUGACUGUCACAGAGGGUCCCAUCGUCUAUGGCAACGCGACCAACGUCUCCAUGAGAGAACCGGAGGUGUACGAGCACUGGGUGCACAACGGUCGCUACAACGAGUCACAUACAAGUUCGGUAAAGAAGAUCACCACCCACACACACACUUACACGUGGACACUGGACAGAACGUUCACCCUAGAUGGAACAUAUAAACUAUCAGUGGGACCUUCAGAGGGAAUCGGCAUCGAAUCGACAACGAGGGCGUUCUUGAGUCUCCGUCGUGGUUCGGGCGACACGCGCACCGAUGUUACCCAAGUGGAAGUGCACGAUACCGUGACUGUGAAGCCGAGAUCUUCGAUGAAACUCAUAUGGACUGUCAACAAAGUCGCCAAGGACAUGCCAUGGGCUGUAAACAUAACACUGUGUGGAUGGGUAGCUGUGUGGUACUACAAGAGCGUCUCAGGCCAUCACCUCUGGUUCUACCCUAUUGACUUCCUCGCUUGGGAAGGACUACAGCACGUUCCAGGAGGAGGCAUCCAGUUCACGGCCAGUGGAACAUUCACGGCCGUUAAUUCUCAAAUGUCUUCAUUGAGACUGGAAGAACACGACCUUUAUACGUACUCUUCAAAGCCUUUAAAUGUUACAUACUUGCCAGUGAAGGAGACGCCUAUUGCUGCAGUUAAAAAUAACCGGCCCAAAGUACACCCAAACAGCACAACUGUUUCGUACUCUCGGACACUCGGAGGAACAUGGAAAUAAAGCAAACAUUGAAGAA